UGCUCUGUGAUUAUGUCGUUAUAACAACGAAAGUCAAACAAACAGCGCCAAAAUUAUGUUUCAAACGUGGCUUGUGUUCUUGGUAUAAGUUUAAAUUAAAUAUAAAAAUCGCAUUUUUGUAAGGGCUAUUUAUAUAAACAUUUUAAUGAAAUUUUACUCAUAAAGAACCAGUUAAUUUUUUUAUUUAUGGUAUUAUGAAAAACUUCUGUAAUUAAAACAUGGCUCAAAAGUAUGAAUAUUCCUACAAGGACACAGAUUUACCAUUUUGGCUUGAUGAAUUAACUAAAGAUGUGAAAGAGACGCAUAUAAAUGAUUCAUUAAAUGAACCCAUUUAUGACCCAUAUAAUCUUAAAUAUGAUUUCGGGACAGAUAAUCAAAGGACUCGAAGAACGUCAUUAGAUCUAGAUUUACUAUUGAAGUCUGAAUCUAAACCUAUAGCACAUUCGGCGGGAACGCUACGAUACAAUCAUGACAAUGGAUAUAAACAAAAUGGAAGAAGAAAAAAUUCCACAAGUAAAACGGAAUGGGAAGACGCAAAAGAUGAAAUAAACAACGAUUUCCUAACAGACCUUUUACCGCACUACGUGACACCACGCCACAAGAGAAUGAGUUUGGACAACGACUUUAAUGACGUCAUUGUCGGACCGCGAAUUCAAAACGCAUCAAAAAACCUGAAAAAAUUUACGAAAGAUACAAAAGUCUUAAAUGCAAAAUCAAAUUAUACGAAAGCGAGCUUAGAGGAUGACAGAAAAAGUGAAUUUGUGAUACCCGAGACACCGGAGGGUCGAUUGCUGGAGAUAAAAAUAUAUUCCAAUUGGGGUGACAAAUAUUUGGUUGGAUUAAAUGGUAUUGAACUGUUCGAUUGUAAAGGAGAACCAGUAAUAGUCGAUAAGAUUUGGACUGAUUCAGACACCGGUGACCACUCAAAGUUUGGUCACAUAGAGAAUAUAAUAGAUGGUGUGGUACGUACAAGAGAUGAUAAACAUACAUGGAGUGCGCCUGCGCCGCAAGGAUUGCCCAUUGCAUUGACCGUUUUGUUGGCUAAAACCACGAAAUUGGCAUUACUUAGAAUUUGGAAUUACAAUAAAUCGCGGAUAUAUUCAGCUCGCGGUGUUCGUUUGGCCCAAAUAAAGUUGGACGAUCAUGUUAUAUUCCAAGGAGAGAUAGCAAGAGCAAGCGGUGAACUCAAAGGAAAUCUACCCACACUAGGAGACACGAUUCUCUUCACGAAAGACGUGGAGAUAUUGGAAGCGAUUUUUGAAAAAGAUAAGAAUUUUCAAGCAUUACUAAAGGACAAUGAUCCGUUAGUGGAAUUAAACACAGCUGAACGUCCACCUACAGCUAAUGAUAGUAAAAAUAAUUUACCAAAAGUUAUAGAAGAACCAAAAGCAUCCGAAGAAAAUGAAUAUUUGGCAAAGGAGAUAAAGUUGACUUUAAUGUCGAAUUGGGGGCAAAAAAAUUUGAUUGGAUUAACAGGAAUCGAUAUUCUCCAUAAUAAUACACCAAUUAACAUAAUUCGGAGUUAUGCGUAUACAACGUAUGCAGAUGACGAUAAAAAACUUGAAUAUGGAUUUAUUGAUUGUAAAAAUCUAUUUAAUGGAAGAAAUAUAACAACCGAGUUUGACGAUAUGUGGUGCACUAAUUUUACGCCUGAUUCUAAAUUUUGUCAUAUUGUCAUGGAGUUGCCGGAACAUACUAAGAUAACUGGAAUUCGUAUAUGGAACUACAACGCUAACAUGGAAUUAUCGUAUAUCGGUGCGAAAGACUUGGUCGUAUCACUAGAUGGCGCUUUACUAAAUCGACGUCCGAUUCUAUUACGGCGUGCGCCUGGCGAUACAUUUUACGAUUAUUUGCAGCAUAUAGAUCUCUCUUCAAUUGAUGACAGGAUAAAUUGCGCUGACAACUUAGACCAUGCGUUUGAAAGUAAUUUGAACUCGGGAGCUCCGACAGGUUUUGUUUUGCAAUUGAAUAUAUUUUCAACUUGGGGUGACCCGUACUAUGUUGGCUUAACUGGAGUAGAACUUUAUGAUCCGCAAGGAAAUUUAAUCGAAGUUACGGAAAGUAAUGUUUGCGCUCAGCCGGCAAGUGUUAAUGUUCUCGACAGUGUCGCUAGAGAUGUGCGUACGCCAAGUAAACUUAUCGAUGGUCACAACACUAACGCAGUUGAUGGACAGCACUCUUGGCUGGCUCCCAUUCUCCCAGAAACUCUUAACAGAGUUUUCUUCGUUUUCGAUUCUCCCGUAUCUGUUUACGGUAUGAAGAUUUGGAAUUAUGGUAAAACGCCAACUCGAGGUGUUAAGGAAUUUGGGGUACUAAUAGAUGAUUUGUUACUUUAUAACGGAAGUCUAGAAAUGGUCAAGGGUGAUACGAUAGCUCCGCAGUGGAUUUGUUUCCAAGAUGUCGAUAUAGAGAAUUUGACACCGAGUCCAUCGGAUGCAAGUCAACAUACAACGACAAGUGGUUCUUCAAAAUCUGUGGAUCAAAACGACAGACCAUACACGAGCGUAUACGCAGUACGAGCGAGAAAAUAUGUUUAAUUUUAGGUGAAUUGUGUGUUUCGUAUGUGUGUUUUGUAAUAUUGAGAUAAUAAUGGAGUCUAGCGUCUAUCAGAUACAUUCAUUAUCGUUGUAUGAAUUUUUGUUAGCCGUAAAAUUAUUUUUCUACCCUUAAUGUUUUUCAAAUUUAAAAUAUUAACCUGUCCAUAAACCAAACUACUUAACUAAAGCACACACAAUUAAAAAAUUUCGCGCGAAAAUAACAAAAUAACAUUUUUCAUACAAAUAUCUGUCAUAAGAUUUUCGUGACGUUUAAAUCCUUCAAAGUCAUUAUAGAGAGCUAUACAAGGGGCUUGAGACAAAAUUACUUUUCGACAGGCGUGACCCACUAACGUUAAACGAAUUUGAAUGAAAAUGGUCACGUGAUAAAUCGUGAGCUAAAGUCAUUGACCUUAUCACGAACUCUAUUAUAGUUAUAUCAAUGAAUUAGGUUCAUCAAGUAUAUCAUCAUAUAUUCGAACGAUGCGUGUUUUAUGCUUUAGUUCCGAUUACCCCAAGGGCUUGAGACAAUAUCAUUUUACGACAAUCGUGACCCACUCACCCCUAACGAAUUUGUGUGGGAAUGACAUUAGCUCACUCUUUGGUCACGCUCAAAAUAGUCACAUGACAAUGUGAGCUUUUCUCAUACAAAUUCUCUUGGUUUUGGUCAUGAGUGACAAAGAGUGAUUUUGUCUAAAACCCCAUGAGCGCCUUGUCGUUUUCAUAUUAAAAAAUGUAGUGCUAUUUAUUUUUCGAUCAUUUCAAUGUACCUACGUAUGGUUCGUGCUUUUGUUUUUGUAAAAAUAAUUAGACUAUUUGUUUAUGUACAUGUCAUAUGGUUAUGCAUGUGAAAAUUACUUCUUAGUAGACUGCACCCACGCCAAAUAUUUAUAAUAAUUUAUUUCCAAUGUUAUCACUUGUUGACUGUAGAGCGCUUGUAAACAUCUUAAGAAUUGUUUUCGUGGUUCGUGUAAAUUUUAUACAGAAAUAAAGG